AUGAGACCUUACACUUCAUGUAAAGUAACUGUACAUAAUAUACUUUAUGGUUGUACAAACACCAGUGCUACAGAAUAUGGUAUUCAAACUGAACAACAAGCACUUAUGCAACUACAAAUAAAAAUUAAAAAAAAAAUUAAUAAAUGUGGUCUAUUUGUCGACAAAAAUAUUCCAUUUUUGGCAGCAACUCCAGAUGGUUUAAUAGAAGACGAUAAACUAUGUGAAAUUAAAUGCCCUUAUUCUGUUAAAGAUUAUUGUAGUCUAGAAAAAGCUAUUUCGGACAAAAAGCUUCCUUAUAUGAAAAUUAAAAAUAAGUUACCAACUUUGAAAGAAGAAAGUCAUUAUUUUUACCAGAUCCAAGGCCAAUUACAUGUGACUGGACGUAACAUUUGUUAUUUCUUUAUAUACACACCAAAAUGGAAUCACUUAGAAAUAAUAAAAUAUGAUGACGAAUUUUGGUCCUCAAAAAUGGAAUCAAGCCUAAAGUUAUUUUACGAAGAGUGCUUGUUAAGAGAGCUAAUUGACCCUCAGUUCAUUAAACGUAUGUUGAAAAAUGAUAUAAUUGAACCUCCACAUAUCAUACAAAAUAUUGAAGAAUUCAAAAAAAAAAAAAUC